CUGGACAGGUGGCAGAUGUGCCCUUGGCCUGGCUCUGGGAGCCCUUUCUUACGUUCACUGCUUAGGGAGUCUGCCUGUGAAGGGGCCUUGAGAGAAGCUGACUGGUGUCUUGCUGUGACUUUGGCCUGUGGCCUCCCUGGGGAGCCUGGUGUGAACAGUGAGGGCGACAGGGUGUGCAUCCUGUCGCUGUGGUCCCAGCCGCAAGCUCUGCUGGGAGGAAGACGGUCGGCAGAUACCUUGUGCCUGGGCACCGCUCGCUCUGACAGAGUCUUCCUGAGGCUGCAGCUGCACAGGUGCCGGGAGCAGAUGAUGAGGAAGGUCCUCCAGAAACUGGGGAAGGCGGAUGAGACAAAGGAUGAGCAGUUUGAACAAUGUGUCCAGAAUUUCAACAAGCAGCUGACCGAGGGCACGCGGCUGCAGAAGGAUCUCCGGACCUACCUGGUCUCAGUCAAAGCCAUGCACGAGGCCUCCAAGAAGCUGAAUGAGUGUCUCCAGGAGGUGUAUGAGCCCGACUGGCCUGGCAGGGAUGAGGCGAACAAGAUCGCUGAGAACAAUGACCUCCUCUGGAUGGACUACCACCAGAAGCUGGUGGACCAGGCACUGCUGACCAUGGACACCUACCUGGGCCAGUUCCCUGACAUCAAGUCGCGAAUCGCCAAGCGGGGGCGGAAGCUGGUGGACUAUGACAGUGCCCGGCACCACUACGAGUCCCUACAAACUGCCAAAAAGAAAGAUGAAGCCAAAAUUGCCAAGCCUGUCUCGCUGCUUGAGAAAGCUGCCCCCCAGUGGUGCCAAGGCAAACUUCAGGCUCAUCUCGUAGCCCAAACUAACCUGCUCCGAAAUCAGGCUGAGGAGGAGCUCAUCAAAGCCCAGAAGGUGUUUGAGGAGAUGAACGUGGACUUGCAGGAGGAGCUUCCGUCCCUGUGGAACAGCCGCGUCGGCUUCUAUGUCAAUACGUUCCAGAGCAUCGCAGGCCUGGAGGAGAACUUCCACAAGGAGAUGAGUAAGCUCAACCAGAACCUCAACGACGUGCUGCUCAGCCUGGAGAAGCAGCACGGGAGCAACACGUUCACGGUCAAGGCCCAGCCCAGAAAGAAAACUAAACUGUUUUCUCGGCUGCGCAGGAAGAAGAACAGUGACAACGCCCCUGCGAAAGGGAACAAGAGCCCCUCACCUCCGCCGGAUGGCUCCCCUGCUGCCACCCCUGAGAUAAGAGUGAACCACGAACCAGAGCCGGCCAGUGGGGCCACGCCCGGGGCCACCAUCCCCAAGUCCCCGUCUCAGCUCCGGAAAGGCCCACCGGUCCCUCCGCCCCCAAAACACACCCCGUCCAAGGAGGUCAAGCAGGAGCAGAUCCUCAGCCUGUUUGAUGACACGUUUGUCCCUGAGAUCAGCGUGACCACCCCCUCCCAGUUUGAGGCCCCGGGGCCCUUCUCGGAGCAGGCCAGUCUGCUGGACCUGGACUUUGACCCCAUCCCUCCUGUGGCGAGCCCCGUGAAGGCGCCCACGCCCUCUGGUCAGUCCAUUCUGUGGGACCUCUGGGAGCCCACAGAGAGUCCAGCUGGCAGCCUGCCUUCUGGGGAGCCCAGCGCUGCCGAGGGCACCUUUGCUGUGUCCUGGCCCAGCCAGACGGCCGAGCCGGGGCCCGCCGAACCAGCAGAGGCCUCAGAGGUGGCGGGUGGGACCCAACCUGCGGCUGGAGCCCAGGAGCCUGGGGAGACGGCGGCAAGUGAAGCAGCCUCUAGCUCUCUCCCGGCCGUGGUGGUGGAGACCUUCUCAGCGACUGUGAAUGGCACCGUGGAGGGCGCCAGCGGGGCUGGGCGCCUUGACCUGCCCCCAGGCUUCAUGUUCAAGGUGCAGGCCCAGCACGACUACACGGCCACUGACACGGAUGAGCUGCAGCUCAAGGCUGGCGACGUGGUCCUGGUGAUCCCCUUCCAGAACCCCGAGGAACAGGAUGAAGGUUGGCUCAUGGGGGUGAAGGAGAGCGACUGGAACCAGCACAAAGAGCUGGAGAAAUGCCGGGGUGUCUUUCCCGAGAACUUCACGGAACGUGUGCAGUGACGGCAGAGCCUCUGCAGCCCUUUAGGCACUUGAACAUCUUUUCCCGAAAAAUGUGUGUUUCUUUUCUGUUUUUUUUUUUUUUUUUUUUUUUUGUUAUUGUUGUUUGUUUGUUUCUUUUGUUUUUAAAACUUUUAAAAAGCAAAGGGAAAUUGAGAGAGGAGAGACCUGAGCUGAAAGGUGUUCUCCCAAACAUUAGGUUGCUUUCCAAAGAGCCCAGUCUGGCCCAUCCGGUGGAGUUCACCAGUAUACCAGAAGCUGCUGUGUCCCCUAGUUGAGUUCCCGGCAUCCCCGCCCACCCGCAUGUGUGCCUGGCCGCAGGGCGGGCUGGGGGCCACCAAGCCACCGCUGCGCUUGCCUGAAGCUUUGGCCACCACCGGCCUGGGCAAGGGUCCUCUUUUCCUGGCAGCUGCAGUGCGUGGGGCCCAGUUGCCAGCCCAGCCUGGCCCCGCCCCGCAGACUAUCUGUGUGCUGUUUGAAAAUAAACCGUAGUGUUCAAAACAAAAUGAAACAAAACAUCUGGCAGAAACACUCUGAAA